AUGCUGCACGCGCCGAAGCCCGACGGCUUCUACUCUCUAACGCGUGUAUGUUGGACUCACCAGCAGGGAAAAUGUUUCGAAUUGGCAUUCGAAAUCCCCCAAGGUUAUGAACCCAUUCCAGUAUCGUUGCAUUAUGCUGUCUCUGGUGAGCAUGAUUUGGUAAGGUCGACCCUGAACCAGCGAUUCUUGAUUGCGAAGAAGAUUGGACGUGCAUUAAGUGAAUGGCAUUCGGUGGAUUUCGUGCAUCAGAGUAUCUCUCCCCGCAAUGUUGUAUUCUUUCGACGGGAAGGAGCUAAAGAUCUGGACUAUACAUCGCCAUUCCUAUGCGGUUUGGAAUACUCUCGUAUGAUUCGCGAGCAAUCAAAUGCUGUCUACAUCGACAACCCUGACGUUAAUAUCUACCGCCAUCCCCAUCGACAGGGUGUUCCCAGAGAGGAUCACCAGAAAACCCACGAUAUCUACUCCUUCGGGGGUUUUCUCAUUGAGUUGGGCAUGUGGAAGGCUGUGAAGUCACUAGCCCGGAAAUCCUCCAAAGUCGACGAUCUACCAACAAUACUAGGGUCUGUUGCAGGCUUUCACUUGGGGCACCUCAUGGGGACAGAGUAUAUAGACGCCGCAAUCCUUUGUUUGACAGCAGAUCUUGGGAUUAAAGUGGAUGAUCAGGCCCAGAGAAGUCUUGCAACCGCUUUCAAGGUUCGUGACCUCGACAGAUUGAAACCGGACACUCUUAAAACUAUUUAA